AUGUCAAACAGUAAUGAGAUCUUGAAGAAAUCUACUAAAGGUGCAACAUUCUUAAUCUUAGCACAAUUGUUUACUAAGAUUAUCACCUUUUUAUUGAACAGUGUCUUAGUACGAUUCCUUUCGCCUAGAAUUUUUGGUAUAACUGCUUUUUUGGAGUUCAUAUUAGGAACUGUAUUAUUUUUCAGUAGAGAAGCCAUUAGAUUAUCUACUCUUAGAAUUAAGGAUAACGAGACAGAUGAUGACAAUAAUACCAAUGAAAAGGCUGCUGACCACAUCAGUAGUCAUUAUAAGAGACAAAAUUUACAAACAAUGGUGAAUUUUGCUCAUAUACCAUUAUGGAUUGGGAUUCCAUUGUCAUUAGUAUUAACUACAUGGCAAUAUACUAAUAUUAAUGCAUAUUUUAUCAGUUUACCCUUUUUUCAAUGGUCAAUCUUGAUCAUAUGGGUUAGUAUGUUAGUCGAAUUGUUAAGUGAACCAUUCUAUAUAGUGAAUCAAUUCUUAUUGAACUAUAAUGUCAGAUCAAGAUUUGAAUCUAUUGCCGUGGCAAUGAGUUGUCUAGUGAAUUUUUCUGUUAUUUAUUUAUUUCAAACUCAUAUGGUCACUAUAGGUAGUUUGGAGAUUACAGAUAUGAAUAAAGAAGGUAUCGCUAUUCUAGCGUUUGCACUUGCAAAAUUGACCCAUUCGAUUACUUUAUUAUUAUGUUACUACUGGGAUUAUUUAAGAAAUUUUAAACCAAAAAAAUUGUUCCAUAUUAGAUUAACUAAGAUUACCACCGUGUCAGCUUCUACAACAUACAAGAAACAAUAUUAUUUCCAAAAUGAUAUCUUAGAACAUUUUAAAAAAGUAUAUUUCCAAUUAUGUUUUAAGCAUUUAUUGACUGAAGGUGAUAAAUUGAUCAUCAACUCUAUGUGCACAGUGGAAGAACAAGGGAUUUACUCAUUACUAUCAAAUUAUGGGUCUCUAGUAACACGUUUAUUAUUUGCACCAAUUGAAGAAUCAUUAAGAUUAUUUUUAGCUAGAUUGUUGACUACACAGAAUUCAAGAAACUUAAAGCUUUCUAUGGAUGUUUUAGUUAAUUUGACUAAAUUUUACCUGUAUUUAUCCUUAUUAAUUGUUAUAUUUGGACCGGUAAAUUCCUCAUUCCUUUUACAAUUCUUAAUCGGGUCCAAAUGGUCCACAACAGCAGUCCUGGAUACAAUAAGAGUAUACUGUUUCUAUUUACCUUUCUUAUCAAUGAAUGGUAUCUUUGAGGCCUUUUUCCAAAGUGUAGCUACAGGUGACCAAAUAUUGAAACAUUCAUAUUUUAUGAUGACAUUUUCAGGAAUUUUCUUGGUCAAUUGUUGGAUCCUCAUUGAAAAAUUAGACUUAUCAAUAAAUGGGUUAAUCAUUUCAAAUAUUAUUAACAUGAUACUUAGAAUCAUUUAUUGUAUUAUUUUCAUUAAAAACUUCUACAGCAAAUUAUACACUAAAGAAUCGUCCUUCUUCUUAAAUUUUCAUAAUUUCGGAAUUGUGUCAGUGGCUGGUGUCAGUAUUAGUAUUAUUAAUUGGGUCACUAUCGGAUACGUUAGAAAUUUCAAGCAAUUAUUCAUUAAUGUAACUUUUGCUCUAUUGUUACUGGUGUUGAUUCUAGUCAAGGAAAGAACAUAUAUUAAAGGGAUGAUAGGUAAAAAUAAACUAACAGAAGUAAAGGAGAUAUAG